GGAGCCGCUCCACUGAAGUCUGCACCGCGAGGUUUAAGUGUUUCCGUGAUGAAGAAAAGGAGGCGACCUGGACGAGUGGCCCGGACGAGGAGCCGGAAGAGUCUGACGGCGGUGCAGUCAGUGUCUCUGUGUCAUCAGGACUCGUAUGUGCGGCUCCUUCGGUUCCUUAAACAAAAGGGAUUUGCAUCAACUGUUCUACAACCAGCGCAAUUUACAGACACGGGCAGAGGACUGCAGACUCUCAGAGCCUUAAAGCCUGGGGAGCUGCUCGUCUCUUUACCUGAGGCGUGUCUCCUGACGACGGACACUGUCCUCCACAGUGAUGUGGGGCCUUUGAUAAAAGGGUGGAGGCCCCGCCCCUCCGCCCUCCUCGUCCUGUGUGUGUUCUUGGUGUUGGAGCGACACAGAGCUUCGCUCUCUGAGUGGUUUCCUUAUAUUGACGUCCUGCCCACGUCGUACACCUGCCCCGCCUACUUCACUGAUGAUGUCAUCACACUUCUACCUCAGUGUGUCCAGAGUCGAGCUUUAGACCAGAGAACGUCUGUGGAGGAACUACACUCCUCAAACCAGAGCUUUUUUCAGAGUCUUCAGUCCGUCGUGUCUGAGUCGGUGCAGGACGUGUUCACGUUUGAAGCUCUGAGGUGGGCGUGGUGCACUGUUAACACUCGCUCAGUGUUCAUGGCUCGUCCUCAGAGUCACUUCCUGUCUGGACAGGAUGUUUGUGCUCUGGCUCCGUUUCUUGACCUGCUCAACCACCGUCCUGACGUCCAGGUCUCUGCCAGAUUCAACAGUGACACCAGAUGUUAUGAAAUCCACAGUGUUUGUGGCUUUGAGCGCCACCAUCAGGCCUUCAUCAACUACGGCAGCCAUGACAACCAGCGCCUCCUGCUGGAGUAUGGCUUUGUCGCAGCUAAUAACCCUCACAGUGUGGUGUACGUGGACACAGACCAUCUGUGUAAAGUUUUACACGGAGACAGAAGUUUGCAACAAAAGAUGAAAUUCCUCAGUCAAAAUGAACUUCUAAGUAACUUGACCGUGUCCAGUGAAGGUCCAGGGUGGAGGCUCCUGACGGCGGCUCGAGUUCUGUCUCUGCCACAAACACAGUUUGGUCUGUGGAAGUCUGCGCUGUUGGGACAGAGGCUCAGUGAGGAGAAGGAGAGAUGGUGCCUCCAAACCAUCCGCUCUGUGUGUGUCCAGAUGCUGCAGGACACGGACGCAGCUCUAGAAAAGAUCUCCACGAUGCUGCAGGAGUGCGACGCGUCUGUGGCGGAACAGCUGGGCGUUGUUCUGGGUUUACGCCGAGAGGAGAGCUGCAUCCUGGGAAAGUGUCUUGAGAUACUUCCUGAGUCAUGACCCGUUUCAUCAUGACGGUUUUGAAGUCUUAGGAAACUUGAUAGUGCCUCAAGUGGAGAAGGUAUCUCAGGGUCUGGUCCUGGUUUAGACCUGGUUUUUAGACCUAAUUUAGCCCUGUUUUUAGACCUAGUUUAGACCUGGUUUAGACCUGGUUUAGACCUGUUUUUAGACCUGUUUUAGCCCUAUUUUAGACC